UCACCGUUCACGUCAGCCCUUGUUGAAUUCUCAGCUUCUGAAGCAGAGCUUGAGCAUGGUUUAGAGAGAGAGAGACAGUGACAGAGACUGAGAUCAACACUACCAAACGCUCUACCGUUUCGGUAGAAGAAGAAGAAUGGAGUCUUCUCUCUUCUUCCCUUCUUCAUCCCUUUCUUCUUUCGUCAAUACGAAUUCUACCUCUCUUCUUCCGCGGAGACCCAAAUUCUCCCGCCAUUGUUUCUCGAUCAAAUCCUCCAUAGAGAAACCCAAACCCAGUUCCGAGAGCAACCCAUCUAAAACCAGGUCGUGGGUAAGUCCCGACUGGCUCACAUCGCUCGCUCGGACUCUCACCUUAGGCCAAAACGACGAUUCGGGCAUACCCGUCGCGAGCGCAAAGCUCGAGGACGUGUCGGAUCUUCUGGGUGGUGCUCUGUUCUUGCCACUGUACAAAUGGAUGAACGAGUACGGACCCAUUUACCGUCUCGCUGCGGGGCCGAGGAAUUUUGUGGUGGUGAGCGAUCCAGCGAUCGCGAAGCAUGUGCUGAGGAAUUACGGGAAGUACGCGAAAGGGUUGGUCGCUGAAGUGUCGGAGUUCCUGUUCGGAUCGGGUUUUGCAAUCGCAGAAGGUCCGAUUUGGACGGCACGACGCAGGGCGGUGGUUCCGUCUCUUCACAAGAGGUAUCUAUCCGUAAUAGUUGACAGAGUCUUCUGCAAAUGCGCCGAAAGGAUGGUCGAGAAGCUUCAGCCUUAUGCUCAAGAUGGAACAUCUGUGAACAUGGAAGAGAAGUUCUCUCAGUUAACACUUGACGUCAUCGGUUUAUCGGUUUUCAACUACAAUUUCGAUUCGCUUGCUUCCGAUAGUCCCAUCAUAGAAGCCGUUUACACUGCUCUGAAAGAGGCCGAGCUUCGUUCCACCGAUCUUUUACCCUAUUGGAAGAUCGAUGCAUUGUGUAAGAUUAUCCCGAGGCAAGUAAAAGCCGAAAAGGCGGUGACUUUGAUCAGGGAAACCGUAGAAGAACUGAUUGCCAACUGUAAGGAAAUAGUCGAAAGAGAAGGCGAAAGAAUCAGCGACGAAGAGUAUGUAAAUGACGAUGAUCCAAGCAUUCUACGUUUCUUGCUCGCAAGCAGAGAAGAGGUUUCGAGUGUACAGUUACGAGAUGAUCUUCUCUCGAUGCUUGUUGCGGGUCAUGAGACCACCGGAUCUGUUCUCACUUGGACAUUGUAUCUCCUAAGUAAGGAUUCUCGGGCGUUGAUGAAAGCCCAAGAAGAAGUAGACAGAGUUUUACAGGGAAAAAACCCGACUUUCGAGGAUAUAAAAGAGCUGAAGUAUACCACUCGUUGUAUAAACGAGUCGAUGCGUCUCUACCCGCAUCCUCCCGUCUUGAUAAGAAGAGCUCAAUUUCCCGAUGUCCUUCCCGGAAACUACAAGGUUAACACGGGGCAAGACAUCAUGAUUUCGGUGUAUAACAUACAUCGUUCAUCCGAGGUUUGGGAAAGUGCAAACGAGUUCGUGCCCGAACGUUUCGACUUGCAAGGCCCUAUCCCCAACGAAUCAAACACAGAUUUCAAAUUCAUACCGUUCAGCGGAGGGCCAAGGAAAUGCGUAGGCGAUCAGUUUGCGUUAAUGGAAGCAAUAGUGGCGCUGGCGAUAUUCUUGCAGCGCCUAAACUUCGAGCUGGUCCCCGACCAGAACAUCGGCAUGACCACCGGAGCCACCAUUCACACCACCAAUGGUUUGUAUAUGACGGUCAGUCCAAGGCGGAGGUGAGGUGAAGGUUGAAAUGAUAACGUCGGCUCAUACCGGAGCAGCGAUCACAAUGAAAAAGCAUUAUAACUUUUUUUUAUAUAUGUUUUUAGCCAAUUUUCAUUUUAUAUUUUUAUAUUAUAAGGAAAAUGUGAUAAGUUUUUUGCUGAUUAUUUCGUAUAAUUCGCAUAUAUCCGUAAUAUAUUCUCAUGGCUUA